UCAUCCGAUCAGCCCGAGCCCCGGGACCGGACACCGUGUCCUCCGCUGAGGUCAGCGUGGCAGCCUUCGCCGCUAUUUUCCUCUCAGCUAAGUGUGAAACUCCAGAGCAAACAUGACAGACUCCAAGUAUUUCACCACCACCAAGAAAGGUGAGAUCUUUGAGCUAAAAGCAGAACUGAACAGCGACAAGAAGGAGAAGAAGAAGGAGGCUGUAAAGAAAGUCAUUGCUUCUAUGACCGUGGGGAAGGAUGUCAGUGCCUUGUUCCCUGAUGUUGUGAACUGCAUGCAGACCGAUAACUUGGAGCUGAAGAAGCUGGUUUAUUUGUACUUGAUGAACUAUGCUAAAAGCCAGCCUGACAUGGCCAUCAUGGCUGUAAACACUUUUGUAAAGGACUGUGAAGACCCCAACCCUUUAAUCCGUGCAUUAGCCGUACGCACUAUGGGUUGUAUACGUGUGGACAAAAUAACAGAGUAUCUUUGUGAACCACUUCGUAAGUGCCUGAAAGAUGAGGACCCAUAUGUGCGCAAGACUGCAGCAGUGUGUGUAGCCAAGCUGCAUGACAUCAAUGCUCAGCUAGUGGAAGACCAGGGUUUCCUGGACACAUUGAAAGAUCUCAUCUCUGAUUCCAAUCCAAUGGUUGUGGCUAAUGCAGUAGCAGCUCUCUCCGAGAUUGCCGAAUCCCACCCUAGUAGUAACUUAUUGGACCUGAAUCCUCAGUCAAUCAACAAGCUGCUGACUGCUCUAAAUGAAUGCACUGAAUGGGGUCAGAUCUUUAUCUUGGACUGUUUGGCAAAUUAUAUCCCCAAGGAUGAUCGUGAAGCCCAGAGUGUAUGUGAACGAGUAACACCACGCCUCUCGCACGCAAAUUCAGCAGUUGUGCUGUCAGCAGUGAAGGUGCUGAUGAAAUUGAUGGAGAUGCUGUCUAAAGAUCUAGACUACUAUGGGACUUUGUUGAAGAAACUGGCCCCUCCUUUAGUCACACUGCUUUCUGCUGAGCCUGAAUUGCAGUAUGUGGCCUUGCGUAACAUUAACCUCAUUGUGCAGAAACGACCAGAGAUCCUAAAACAUGAAAUGAAAGUUUUCUUUGUUAAAUAUAAUGACCCGAUCUAUGUUAAACUGGAGAAGCUUGAUAUCAUGAUCAGACUAGCUUCGCCUGCAAAUAUUGCACAGGUCCUUGCAGAAUUGAAGGAGUAUGCCACUGAAGUGGAUGUGGACUUUGUAAGGAAAGCUGUAAGAGCAAUCGGACGCUGUGCCAUUAAAGUUGAGCAAUCUGCAGAACGUUGUGUUAGUACACUACUGGAUCUUAUCCAGACCAAGGUGAAUUAUGUAGUCCAAGAAGCUAUCGUGGUGAUAAAGGACAUUUUUAGGAAGUAUCCAAACAAAUAUGAGAGUGUUAUCUCUACAUUGUGUGAGAACCUGGACUCACUGGAUGAGCCAGAGGCAAGAGCAGCCAUGAUCUGGAUUGUGGGGGAGUAUGCUGAGCGCAUUGACAAUGCUGAUGAGCUGCUGGAAAGUUUCUUAGAGGGAUUCCAUGACGAGAGCACACAGGUAAGGUUUUUUUCCAUGCUGCUACACAUAUUUGCACAACAAGUACUUAGUCUAGCUACACAGGAUUCUGAUAACCCUGACUUAAGAGAUCGUGGCUACAUCUACUGGCGACUGUUGUCAACUGACCCAGUUGCUGCCAAAGAGGUGGUCCUGGCAGAAAAACCUCUGAUCUCAGAGGAAACCGACCUAAUUGAGCCCACACUGCUGGAGGAACUUAUUUGUUACAUUGGUACACUAGCUUCUGUCUAUCACAAACCUCCAAGUGCUUUUGUGGAGGGAAGCCGUGGAGUUGUGCCCAAACGGUUGCCACCACGGGCCGGCUCUAGUGAGAGUGCAGAGAGUCCAGAUGUGGCACCUGUAGGACAGACCCAAGCUGAUACACAUCCUGCAGUCAUUCCAUCCCAAGGCGAUCUUCUUGGAGACCUCCUAAACCUGGAUUUAGCUCCUCCCAUCAGUGGACCCACCCUUACUACAAGCUCUCUACCACUGGGUGGUGUGGAUCUCCUGGGUGGAGGCCUGGACAGUCUGAUUGUGGAAGACACAGAAGGGCUGGGAGGGGAUUCCGGUCCAAAUCUCACACUAUCAACAGGAUUCAUAGCUCCUCCAGUGGCACCAGCCUCCCUUGGUGCACCCCUCUCUGGAGGACUUGGAGACCUCUUUGAUUUGGGACCUGGGACAGGGGGAGUUAUUGGAUCUUUCGUUCCUCCAAAAUCAGUAUGGCUGCAUGCUAUGAAAGGUAAAGGCCUGGAGAUAAGUGGUACCUUUACCCGAAGGUCUGGUGCUGUAUUCAUGGAUCUAAACUUUACAAAUCGUGCCCUCCAGGUUAUGAGUGACUUUGCCAUACAAUUUAAUCGUAAUAGUUUUGGGCUGGCACCUGCUGCUCCACUUCAGAUACUUACACCUUUGGCUCCCAAUCAGUCUACUGAGGUAUCCCUACCAUUAAACACAGUUGGAUCUGUCAUGAAAAUGGAUCCUUUGAAUAACUUGCAGGUGGCAAUAAAAAACAACAUUGAUGUGUUUUACUUCAGUGUGGUAUAUACACUGCACAUCCUGUUUAUGGAAGAUGGGAAAAUGGAGAGGCAGAUGUUUUUGGCCACAUGGAAGGACAUUCCCAAUGAAAAUGAGGCCCAGUUUCAGAUUAGAGAGUGUCCUCCAAAUUCUGAUGCUGUAAGUAAUAAGCUGCAGGCCAGCAAUGUGUUCACAGUGGCCCGGCGUACUGUGGAUGGUCAGGACAUGUUGUAUCAGUCCAUCAAACUCACAAAUGGUAUAUGGGUGCUGGCAGAGCUAAGGAUGCAGCCUGGAAGUCCCAGCUGUGCUUAUGUUGAACUGUGUCUAAAGUGCCGGGCACCGGAGGUUUCUCCAUUCGUCUCCCAAGCCUUUGAAGCCAUCUUGAAGAACUGAGCUUCAGGCUUUGCUCCAUGCCAGCUUUGUGUGACGAUCCUCACCCUUCCUGCAUGGAGACAGGACAUAAGAACGCCGCGUGCGCAUGUUUCUGCUCCUUUUCUAACCUGCAAAUUAUGGACCAAAUAUUGGAAAUUGAUUUUAUGCUCUUACUUCCAAGCCUCCUUUUUAAACCCUUUGCUUCCAUAUGAACAGCACAGGGGUUAAACUGUGUCCUACUCUCAUGAGUAUGUUGGUGGCUGUCACCCCUUUUUAUGGUAGAUGCUGUAUUAUCUCUGUAAGAGGUAGGUUCUGUUGGACCCCAUUAACUUAAAAAGAAAAUAUGAAGAAUUUGGAUUGAAAUGUGUAUAUAAUAAAAACUUUCAUACGUGUGA